ACACUACAGUCAUCAUCGCAAUACAUGUUUAAUAGAAAAGCUGCGUCUAUAGCAGCAAGACCAGUUAGAGGAUAUUCAUGGACGACUGCAGCGUCGUUAGCUAAAGCUGCCGCUACUCACAAAGCCAGUUCACCGAUUUCUGUAGAUCCAUUCACUUUAGUGGGGAAGGAAUUGAAGGGUUUAACGGGCAGCAUUAAACUCAACUUAGGUAGUAACUUGAAGUCUCUUGACACGUUAUCAAAGUAUUAUUUCGAAGCCCAGGGUAAGCAUUUGCGGCCGACUAUUGUUUUAUUGAUGGCGCAAGCAACCGCUGGACUGAGCCCACACUAUAACGCGUCAAAGGAUCUCAAAAAUGUAUUAGUAAAUGAUCCUUUAGCACCACAAUCGAUUUUAAAUGACAAUAAUCCAUCAUUUCAUAAUGGAAUAUCACAUAUUGGUCAAGAUGGUAUUCUUGCAACUCAAAGAAGAUUGGCUGAGAUAGUUGAAAUGAUUCACGUCGCGAGUCUGCUACAUGACGAUGUCGUUGAUGAUGCAGAUACCCGCAGAGGUGCCCCAAGUGCGCCUGUCAAAUUCGGUAAUAAGCUUACAAUCUUUGCCGGUGAUUUCCUUCUAGGUAGAGCUAGUAUCAUGCUUGCAAGAUUACGUAGUCUUGAAGUAGCAGAAUUGAUCGGUGCAACAAUUGCCAACCUCGUUGAAGGUGAAGUUGCUCAAUUGAAUGAGACUUACGAAUCUAAAUCAACUAAUACGGAAACAAUUAUCGAUGAAGCAUUCGAAAGAUACCUUAGUAAAACUUACCUUAAGACUGCUAGUUUGAUUAGUUCCUCAUCUAGAGCUGCUGUCUGUUUAGGUGGUGUUGGUAUCAAUGAAAAUUGGCCAGAAGGCGAGUACCUCAAAGAUGCUGCUUAUGAAUACGGCAGAAAUCUUGGAAUGGCUUUUCAACUCGUCGACGACUUACUAGAUUACACUUCAUCUGUUGACCUCGGUAAGCCAGGUGAAGGUGCGGAUAUGCAACUUGGGUUGGCUACAGCGCCUGCCUUAUUUGCAUGGAGAGAAUUUGAAGAAAUCGGUCCGCUUAUAAAACGGAAAUUCAAGCAUCCAGGUGAUGUACAAGUUGCUAAAGAAAUAGUUGCAAAUUCACAAGGUAUGCCAAAAACAGCCGAAUUGGCGGCAAGCUAUAUAGAUAAAGCCAAAAUUGCAUUACACAAAUUACCUGAAAGUGAAGCAAGGGACGGAUUAGAAGCACUUUGUUUGAAAGUACUGGAUAGAGUAAAGUAAUUUGCAUUGUUUCAUAAAUUUAAUACAAGAAAAUACUUUGAAAUCAUUACUUCAUGAUGAUCGUAACCACUGUCAUUUAGAGUUGAUAGAUCGAGGCCCAUUGAUUCUUUUCUUUUGGUGGGAUGAGUAAUUCAUCGAGUACUUGGACGGCAGCGUUGCGUGCUAUGCCGUCGUGCCAUGAGACACUCUUGCCUUGAACCUUUACGUCAAAGGAAUAUGGCCCAUAUGGAACGGUUUGAGAUUUAAUAAGCUCGUAUUCAAUUGGGUCUGCAUCCUUGAGUAGAGUCUUCGCUUUGACCUUUUUAUGGAAGAGAUCAUCAUUCUCAUUCGACUUGGCUUGCUUAUUUGAUUGAAAAUCAAUAAAGAUUGAGUUUUCUGGUACGAUGUGAUAUUCCAACAAACGUUUAAGAUGUUCUGUGCCGAGUGGGGAGAACAAAAAGCCUAAAACCUUUGGUGGGAGCUUCUCAAAUGCACUAUUGAGUGGUGCAUUAAUAGUAAGAUGACCGUUUCCUCUUUUACCAUCAAGAGAGAGAUCAAGGAGAGGAGCCAAACCGACUUUCUGGAGUGCUGAGGUGAAAAUUGAAAAUUCUCUUGCGAAAAUGAACAAAGCAUUGAUAGCAGAAGGCGGCGGAAUCAAGACAUGGUCAAGAGCAUGUAUAACUGCAUUUGAUGAUUUAAUAUCUUGUGUACUGAUCUUAGCGAAAUGGUUAAUAACCGUUGCUGGAGGGACGAAUUGUUGCUCGAUACGCAAACGCUGACCGGCACCAUUUAAUGUAUUUGGUUCAGUGAGAAUAGUCUCAACGGUACUAAAGUCGUGCAACGUCUUGACGUCUAACUUCUGGUCAACCGUGUGAUACAUGACGACAGCUUCGACAAAGCGAGAGAAAUGUUUCUUGCGCUCUUCGUCAUCAAAAGUGUGACUUUUACGAGCUUCAGCAUAGAGCUUGCCGAGGUAAUUUGGAAUAUCUGUCUCAUCGUGAGAUGCGCAACCUUUGUCUUUUUCUUUGUGAUCAGGAAUUGCGUCAUUUGUUGGAACAAAAAGAGUGUAAUCUUUCUCGUUCUUGAUAUGAUCUACAGCAGAUGGGGAGAACUUCUCCAAAAUAGUAGUGAACUGUGAUGUGUUUUGUUAAUCAUUACAUAGAGUGGCAAUAAAGUAUCACACACUUUGCUGAACUUUUUUGGGUCAUUUUUGAGGACGUCCCAUGCAUUCUCUGAUACUUCAAGAGGUGUAGCUUUAUCAAUUGACUCGCUACUUUCGCCAUAGAUGUAGUGGCUAAGCCAGCCUCGAGAAGUAUCUACAAUUUGACGCUGAAGACCGGCCUCUUCAGAGAAGGAGAUUGGUACAUGCAGAGCGCUUGCAAAAGUUAGCCCUGAUAUUACUAACGCAAAAUUGAACUUCA